CUCGGCUCUCUAUUCCCCCUCCGUUCACCCCUCUCACCCCCCCUCCCUGCAGCAGACCACACACUGCCCUUAUCCCCCUCUCUGCUACCUAUAUCCUCACUUCCUACGCGUCGACUACUACCCAAAGCACAUCGCUGAACUCUGACACUGCUCAAACCCUCUAAAAGGCGACAAUGGCAUCACACGCACACACCCGUGGACGCGUCUCUGUAGAGCAGCCCUUCCGCCCCGUUCUCGGCGGCUGGGUACGCACUACCCUCGACGCUCUCUUGCUCUUCCGUGCCGCUCAGAUCGGCCGUAUCACCGCCAUGCCUCGUCGACUCUCUGACUUGGAAAAAGUCCAAUGCAUCCGUUCUGGCGCUAUCUUCGUCUUUGAAGAGAAGCGCUCCGGGAUCAAGCGUUGGACAGACUCUCGCGAAUGGUCUCCUUCCCGUAUCCUUCACAACUUCCUUAUCUAUCGCGAACUCGAUCCCAACCGUCCCGACCGUACCUCCAAGGGCACAUGCCACGCUGUCGGCGUCUCGCAGGCGAACGCCAGAGCGGGUCAGGCCCGUCGCCCUUCGACAGGCCACACGGAAAACGACGCCGUCAUGCGCGACUUGGUCGGUUCUCUGCGUGAACACACCGAUUUCCAACGGAACGGGCUCAUGAAAAAAACCAUCACGAUCGGCUUCGAAGUUGGCACAAUCCGCGAACGCUCUUGGCACAUCGUCUCCUACUACAAACCGGAUGAUAUCCUCAACGGGACCCUCCAGCCCGUAUACCGCCUACCCGGAUUUCACGAUAUUCACCCGGGCCAUGAGUGGCUUGAUCCUACCCACUUCAGGUUCCCACCAAAGAUCACCUUUGAUGAUCUCGGAUGCCGUCACUACAUUGGAGAAGCGGAUGACGAGCCCUCGCCUACUGAUCCCACCCACCGCCUCAUGCCCCUCCGUCCCCCCGUCACUGCAGCAGCCUUGGCAGCCAAAGAGCGUGGUAUCUCGAAUGACUCGCACCGUCGUCGCAAGCAUGGCCGGUAUGCGCCCUACACGCGCCCCAGCCUCUCUUCGCACAAUAGCUCCACGUCCCUCUCUAGCGCUGCAACUGACGUGACUAUGAUGAGCGGGAGUGGGAGUGGCACGACCGACUCGAUCGACCUGCCCGCCCUGACCCCCAGCAGCCCUUCCUCGGAUCUUUCCGGCCCUACCUCCGACUAUGGCGCUCAAUCCGCUCCCUUCUACUAUGGCCAUGGAGUGCCUUACCACCCGUACCAGGCUGGGUCACUAGCUUCUGGCUCCGAGCUGCCCUCCAUGCCCGCGGUGGACCACUCUGCGGCACCCCGGCCCUCACCAUACUAUCCUACCGGUUGCUGGCCCACCAACAUGCCCCCCACAACGGAGGGCAAAGCCGGAGUGAAUCAACUCCAACUCCAAGUUUUCCCUUACGGCAUGUACGCCCCAUUCCAACAAGUGGGCUAUGGCACUACCUACGCCCCCGCGUAUGCGGAAUACUACCAGCCGCAUGGCGCCGAGGAGGCUGGUGCCCUCCCCUCCCCGACGAGUGGCAUGUGAUUUGUUUGCCAAAAGGGAUCCCCCUGGUAUGCUGUCUUCUUGACUGGAUCGGAUCGGACUUACUGUACCGUUUGAGUGUGCGAUCAGCCCUGUAGUAUCAACUUCCUGGGUGCCCAAACCCAUGUAUCGGUCUCCUGUUUGUUGCUUGUUGCUUCAUUCUCCUUACGCCACAGCGUUGCCUUACCUGAUUAGCUACUCAGCUGUUUCCCAUCGUCGCUCUCUCCCCCAUACGAGAUAUCUGUAGUCAAAAUUCAUCGAUUGUCUUGCCG